AUGGUGGCGACGAAGAGCAUUGGCGGUGCGGAGCUGCCUGAUAUUCGAAUGCAGGACGGCCUCACGGGGAUUUCUCUCUUCGACGACAGCGAGGACGUCUCCAUCACCGAUGCGCACUACAUUGUCCUCUCUCAGGGUCUCAUCCGCUCCGUGGCGGCUCCGGCGACGUACGUGCUGUGCUUCCAGCCACAGAACCACCUCGACUGGCGCGUCGCACCAGGUAUCUCGCUCGUCGUGAAGACGCACGUGCGCCGCCCGACGGUGUAUGGCUACUUCUCUUCGGACGGCAGCGAGGAUAUGGCGCUUCUGACGGCGCUGGCGCCUAGCAAGGUGGCGCUGGAGUGGAGCACAGGCGAGGAGAACAUGGUGAACGUUGUCGGCACAGCUGGCCGGCAGGUGUCGUUGGCGCUGUGGUGUCUUCCAGCGCCAAGGAACAGCAACAGCAGCAAUAGCGUAGGGGUGGAAGAAGAGUUGGUGCCUUGCGGAGAUCGCUGGCGAGUCAUGUUCGUGAAGCCGAUGGACAACGACGAGGACCCGUGCUUUGCUGGCGCAGAGGCCGUGUCAGACGACGCUGUGUGCGGGCCCUACGUGCUAGAUUUCGGUGCUCUAACGCUGCCGUAUACGCUGAGCACGCCAGUGGGAGGCAAUGGCGGUGAUUCGGUGCCGCUGAUCAUCCCAAGCAUGACGCAGCCAUGGAUCAUGUGCCUCGAAACGGGGCUGGAGGGGUGGCGCGAACCAGUGCACCCGAUGUUUCAGCUUCGGUACACGCACGCGAUGCCGACCGGCUUCCGCGUGAAGCUUGACGACGCUUAGGAACACGAUGGCGCCGGGGCAGACAGUGUGACAGGCAUGCCCAUCGGCGGAAAUACCACGCUCAUUCUCUAUGCACCGGACAGCAGUCAGUUGGUUUACCUGAGCGGCUACGGUAUCGAGCAUUGGCCGGCUGCGGUUUGGCGCACACUGCGAGGAGACGAUGCCACCACCAGCACCCUUCAGCUCCCAAGCUGGAGUCGACAGAGGCGGCGGAGUGGACCUAGUGAAUUUCACCUCGAGCGGUAUGGCCGACUACCUCCAACACGUUGCUGCCCGCCAAAUGCUGGCAAACACGCGCCUCUACACCGAUCCGCUCCCGAUCGACGACGACAACGUGUAUCGUUCAUCUGGCAUGCAGGUGCUUCUCUCCACCACCUGCAGCUACAACUCGCACGGUAUUCCGCUGUUGACCGCCUCUGUUUCGAACAUGCUGACCUUGACGAAGCGCCAUACGGGCAUGGCAACACCGCAGCGCCUGCACAUGUGCAUCCGCGACCCGGAAGCGGCUGUCGUGGUGGCAGCGGUGUGUCGGAGAAUGAUGUCGGCGUGGCUACAGAAUUCUUCGUGGAUUCUGGGGUAUACUACUGCGUGAUGCCUUUGCAAGUGGCUCGAGUAUCGCUGCACGCGUGGACGCCUACGAACGCAAUGCGGGCGAACUUGAUCGAGUACGUGGUGUUGCGCCGUGGUACCAUGGAAGAUCUGCUGCUGUCGCUGCUGCUCGAGUCGACGGCAAAGCACCUGGACGGCUGUGACCAUUGCGGACAAGCUCCGAGGACGAACUCCUCCAGCGUCUCGAGCGAACCCGUCUGCACUCUCGCUGCUUUCCCUGACUCGCUUCUACGUGGGCCAGCAGUGCUACCGGCCUGCGGAGUCACCGGAUCCAGCCAGCGCUGUCUCACCCUACGUGUCCCUCCUACGCGGGUAUGCAGCUCAUCUUUGGCGCCGACAGAAUCACCGGGUCGCCGCUGCCCUUGUGCGGGAUACAGCAGUAGCCGUCGUCGCCAUCGCCGACAUACAGCCUUAGCAAGACCCUCGUCGCGGCGCUGCCGAGCGGCAACGCCUAUGACGUCCCGCAGCACUGUCUGCUUCUCUGCUGAUGGUGGGCUGCACUACCUCUCCGUUGGCAUCGCGUACUUCACGGAAGACUGGGCCCCCACCCUGCGCGUCACGCUCAACACCCAAAACGACGAGGAGACAGGCGAGGAUACUCGUGAAGGGGUGGACGCCUCCAUGGCGGCGACUCCGACGGCGAACGCGAUCCGCGUCUACACACAAAUCAGCACGAUGCGCGGACUUCUCGACACGCGCUUUGUCAACCCCAACACCCUGCCGCCAUGGACUGCGAUGGGCAAUCAUACAGAUGCGUGCGUGCUGGCCGAUCUUGGUCAGCUGACGACAGUGAUGCUGUGGACUGGCUUCGUUGGGCGACAAUGGCUUCACCAUGGACGGGCUGCUCUACCUGCCCGCCGCAUCGUCUGCAGGGGCCAGUCCCUCGGGCCGUAUUCCCGACGACGAGUCGCAGCCACACCUACUCCGCUUCUCCCUGGACAACCGUCUGCAGAAUGUUUCGACCAAUAUGACCGUGACACUGUGGUGCCCUGCUCCCUCACGUGCUACGGCGACGCCACUUGGCCUGCUUCAGGCUCGCCCUACCUUGGCUACACCUCCACCUCCCUAGCGCUCUUCCAGGAGGCGAUGGCGGCCGCACUUGGCGUCGACCCGUCAGUGGCUGUCGUUCAGUUGUACAUGUCCAGCUUUGUGGCCCUGCCCAAGGCAGCCGCAUCGCUCCACGCUGUCGAGUCCGCAGCCGUGGCCGCCGUGCAGGCGCGUCACCGCGCCGCAGGAGCUAUUUUUGCGGUC